UUUUUAUUGACGAAUUUUUUUCCUACCUUUUUUUAGGCGAAAUCUUAUUUCAUUGCAAGUAAUAAUUGGAAGACUAUUGUUAAAUAUUUUGGUAUAACUCAAGAUUCAAUGUAUGGAAAUUAUAUACUUGUAAUGAAACAAUUGGAUAUGGAUUUAAGAAAAUAUUUACAAAAAAAUCACAAGCAAUUAAAAUGGGGAGAAAGGAUGCAGAUGACGUUUAAUAUAAUUAGUACACUUCACAACAUACAUGGAGAAAAUAUUAUUCACAAAGAUUUGCAUUCUGGAAAUAUAUUAUAUUUAGAGAAAAAUAAGAUUUGGUAUAUAAGUGAUCUUGGAUUUUGUGGUCCCGCUAAUAAGCCAUUGAAUAGUAUAUAUGGAAAUCUUCCUUACAUAGCACCAGAAGUUAUAUACAAAAAAGAGUAUUCUUCAGCAUCAGAUAUAUAUAGUAUUGGUAUGCUUAUGUGGGAAAUUUCAUCUGGACAACCACCUUUUAGUAGUUAUGAACAUGAUUAUAAUCUUGCAAUUAGAAUAGUAAAUGGGCAAAGACCGGAAACAGUAUUGGGAACCCCUUCAGGGUAUAGAGAAUUGAUGGAGCAAUGUUGGAAUGCUAAUCCAUUAAAAAGACCUGAUAUUAAUGUACUUUUAAAUGAUAUAAGAGAAAUUAAAAGAUCAUAUUAUGAGAAUAAAAUUGACCAGAAAUCAGAAGAUUCGGUUAAUGACCUAAUAGAUGUAAAUUCUACUUUAAACACAAAAAAUAUUGGCAGCAAACUUUAUACUUUUAAGGAUAUUCCUAUACCAAAAAAUAUUAUUGAAGAUCAAGACGAAUUAGAAAUUCCUGAUGAUAUUGAAGAUAUACUUGGUAUUCCAAUUGAUGUCAAGAAUGAUAAUAAUAAUGAUGAACCAAAACAGAUACCAGAUGAAGAUAGUGUAAGUAAUGAUUCAAAAAAGAAAAGAAAUUGCUCAAGUAUUAAUGUUCUUAAAGAUAUCAUUACGAGAUUAACAAAAAAAAAACCUAAAAAAAUGUGAUAUUAUACUAUAGAAUUUAUGGUUUUUAAAUUGGAGAUAAAUAGAAAGGUGGAAAGUGGGAAUGGUAACUUAUUGUUAAUUUUUUUUUUUACAAAAAAAAAUGAAAUUAUCUAGCAUUUUUAUAAUUUUCUAAAUGUUAAAUGCAGUUAUUUUUCAUUAUUAAAUUUUAUUUUUAUUAUUAAUUGUACUGAAUAUUAUUAUAAAUCAAAUCAAAUUUUAUUAAAUAAACUUUUUUAUAUAUUUAUUAAGUAUUUUAUACAA